GGUCAGGUCUUGGUCUCUUCUGAUCUGUUCCAAGAACCGUUGCUCUGACCUCUCCAGAUACUGCAGCAGAUCCACAACAGGAUCCCGCUUCCUUUUUCCUGCAUAAAAGCACCCAAAAAGAUACGAGUUGUUAGUUAUUACUUUCUAUAUUCAUACAGUUAAAAUAAAUGUAUUUUGUGGUUUUAGGAUUAGCAUAAAGAUAACAUAUUGAUCAUGUUGAUGUCUGCAUAGUCUAAACAGAUCUUACUUGCUUUUAUUACGCUUUGCAGGCUAAAGAGCUUUCUGAAAAACUAAUAAAAUACACAAGAACUUCCUCAAAACACAGACACGGUAAAGGAAUAACGAGGUGGUUUUGGCCACUGAUGAACUAUGUGACUAUAAAUGUUACGAUUUCUAAAGGCUCAGGUGCAGGAAAUGAGACAUCAUACAGUAUUAUAAUAAAGAAUGAAUUUAUUUUACAGAGUUUCCAAAAACAGGACUACAAACUCAGACCGGAAAACUACAACCAGAAAAUCUACCAAUAAACAGGAACUACUGAUUCAGACUAACUCAAGGAGACUCCUAGAGGCAUGGAGGAAUUGUAACAUGAACUAAAAUACUCCAACUCAGAAGGUAAGACCCAGGUAAGCAAGAACUAGAAAUACUAAAACGAGGAAAUUAGUCGAAACUAGAGACUACAAUAAUCAAUAACUCAGGCGGGUGCUAACAAGAUAUUAGAUAUUGAGGAGUAUUGACUCAGCAGACAAAAUAACAGGCCUGAAACAAUUACUUCAGUAUACUAAUCAGCCUGAAAAACAAGAAAACUAAUUCUAAACUAACCACAGCAAUAAAUCAUGAAACUAAACACGGAACAUACUAAGGCUACAAGAUGCUCGAACUGGUUCUUAGCUGGUAAGCAGGGGACAACAGGUUCUCCUUGGUGGGUGCAGGUGGAAGGAUUUGGACUUGGCAUGGGGCUGAUAGUUGGAAUUCCAGGGAGUGGAAUAAAGGGCUGCAACGGCAGGUUGGUAAUGAAAGGAUGCCAGAGGUGGUGAACAGCAGAGGUGAGUGAAUCCAAGGCGGUUGUUUGAACAGCUGAGGAUUACCACGACAGCUUUUUCAGGUUGGAGUGAAAUGUGCAGAGAACUGACUACUGGCUGUGUCACAAUCCAGCACUGAGUGAUGAGUGGCUUCAGGUUAUAUUGUAGCAGAGGUGGAGCUUGAUUGGCUGCAUUCCAGCUGCUCCUGCUUCAGCUGAUGUUGAUUGCAGAUUGUGAACACCUGUCGCUGCAGCCUCUCCGCCCAGCACACCUGGAGAAACAGAAAGGGGCGGGGGGAAGGGGAGAGCAUUAUCUGGGCCCAGCAGCCACAGGCCUGACCAUAAAGGUGCCAAAUAAUGAUCGUCUCCAACAUGCCACACUGGUGGACCUUCCUGGAAGUGGAGACUUUAUCUGAACUGAAUCCACCGAGAACUCGGAUAAAUCUCAGAAUAGGGGGCAGGUGGGCAAAUACAACAAGCAACACAACUGGUUUUUGUGUUUUCCAGUUGGGUCUGAGAGACUAAAAGUGAGGCUUUGAAACGAGUUCUAAGUUCAAGCUUCAGGUUGAUUAUUAAGCUGAUUAUUGAGUCUGACUGUACUUGUAGGGAAAUAAAAUGUUUAUGACUGGGAGGGUGGAUUGAUUUCGACUCACAUAAUGUGUUGUUUCUGUGUCUGAUAUGAGAAGUAUAAAGAGCUGACCUCUGAUCUGUGCAGGUUCAGACUGGUUUGUGCUUUGAGGUGUUUGGUUCCUGCAGAGCUGAAGCAGGAUGACAUUGGAGCUCAGGAGAGAAACUGAAAGCUGUUUGACUGCAACAAGUGGAGUGGCUGCAGGUUUUCACCAACAUGGAAAGGAUCCAUCAGAACCCAGAACCAGGACCAGAACCAGAACUCAGUCUUGUCUCCAUGAAGAAAGCUCGCUCAAGGGGCGCCGCCAUGUUCUUUGAAAGACAACAACGUUUUGCUGAGGAGAAGAUCCAUCAGAAACCAGGACCAGGACCAGGACCAGCACUCAGUUGUGUGUCUAUGAAGAGUGUUGAUUCAAAGGGCGACAUCAUUGACUUUAAAAAACGACAACCUUCUGCUGGAAAGAAGAUCCAUCAGAAACCAGGACCAGAACCAGAAUCCAGCUGGGUGUCUGUGAAGAGUGAUGACUCAAAGGGUCGCUUGAUUGACUUUAAAAAACGACAACCCUCUGCUGGAAAGAAGAUCCAUCAGAAACCAGGACCAGAACCAGAACCAGGACCAGGACCAGCACUCAGCUGUGUGUCUAUGAAAAGUGAUGAUUCAAAGGGCGACAUCAUUGACUUUAAAAAACGACAACGCUCUGCUGGAAAGAAGAUCCAUCAGAAACCAGGACCAGGACCAGCUCUCAGUUGUGUGUCUAUGAAGAGUGUUGAUUCAAAGGGCGACAUCAUUGACUUUAAAAAACGACAACCUUCUGCUGGAAAGAAGAUCCAUCAGAAACCAGGACCAGAACCAGAAUCCAGCUGUGUGUCUAUGAAGAGUGAUGACUCAAAGGGUCGCCUGAUUGACUUUAAAAAACGACAACCUUCUGCUGGAAAGAAAGUGGAGCAGCAGAAGUCAGAGGUUCCCAGAGCUCAGUCUGUCCAGCAGCAUCCCCUGGACUCCAUAUUCAUGCUGCUGGAGGGCAACAUGGUGACUUUUGUCACCAGAGAGGGAGAAGAGCUGCUCAGAACACUGACUGAGAUGUUCAUCCACCACCUGGUGGUUCAGACCAAAGUCAAGAAGAUCGAGUAUGAUGGAGGAGCUGAGACAGAUCCACACUGGAGUCCAGACAGCAGGAGGAUGAUUGAGUCUCUGGGAAAAGUGGCUUUUGAGCAGCUGCAGAAAGGAAACCUGAUCUUCUAUGAGUCCGACCUGACAGAGUGUGGCAUCGAUGUGAGCGCAGCCUCAAAGUACUCAGGAGUGUUCACACAGAUCUUUAAAGAGGAGAGAGGCUUGUACCAGGACAAGGUGUUCUGCUUCGUUCAUCUGAGCGUUCAGGAGUUUCUGGCUGCAGUCUACAUGUUCCACUGUUACACCACCAGGAAGGAGAAGGUUCUGGAGGACUUCCUGGGAAAAGACUGGAAAUACUACAACAAUGACACCCUGGAUGUGUUCCUGAAGAGAGUCAUGGAGAAAUCCCUUAGAAAUAAAAAUGGUCACCGGGAUCUGUUUGUUUGCUUCCUUCAUGGCCUCUGUCUGGAGUCCAACCAGAGACUGGUAGGAGGUCUGCUGGGUCGGACAGAGAACCGUCCAGAAAUGAUCCAGAGAGUCAUCAACAACCUGAAGGAGAUGAGGAGUCAUGAAAUGUCUCCAGACAGAAGCAUCAACGUCUUCCACUGUCUGAUGGAGAUGAAGGAUCUGUCAGUACAUCAGGAGAUCCAAGAGUUCCUGCAGUCAGAGAACAGAUCAGAGAAGGAACUCUCUGAGAUCCACUGCUCAGCUCUGGCUUACAUGCUGCAGAUGUCAGAGGAGGUUCUGGAUGAACUGGACCUGAACAAGUACAGAACAUCAAAGGAGGGGAAACGGAGACUGAUUCCAGCUGUGAGGAACUGCAGAAAGUUUCAACUUUAUAACUGUGAACUCUCAGAGAGUCACUGUGAAGUCGUGGCCUCAGCUCUGGAGUCCAACCCUUCCCAUCUGAGAGAACUGGACCUGAGAGGAAACAACCUGCAGGAUUCAGGAGUGAAGUGUCUUUCUGCUGGACUGCAGAGUCCAAACUGUAAAUUGGAGACUCUCAGAUUGUUUUACGGCUGGUUGUCAGAGAUCAGCUGUGAUUCUCUGGUCUCAGCUCUGAAGUCCAACCCCUCCCAUCUGGAACAUCUGGACCUGAGCUGGAACAACCUGCAGGAUUCAGGAGUGAAACAUCUGAGUGGUUUUCUGGAGAGUCCAGACUGCAUCCUGAAGACUCUGAGCUUGUGGGACUGCAGGUUGUCAGAGAUCAGCUGUGAUUCUCUGGUCUCAGCUCUGAAGUCCAACCCUUCCCAUCUGGAACAUCUGGACCUGAGCUUCAACAACCUGCAGGAUUCAGGAGUGAGACAUUUGUGUGGUUUUCUGGAGAGUCCAGACUGCAUCCUGAAGAUUCUGAGAUUGAGGGAAUGCAGGUUGUCAAAGAUCAGCUGUGAUUCUCUGGUCUCAGCUCUGAAGUCCAACCCCUCCCAUCUGAUAUAUCUGGACCUGAGUCAGAACAACCUGCGGGAUUCAUCAGUGAAACAUCUGUUAGAUCUUGUGGAGAGUCCAGACUGUAGCCUGAAGACUCUGAGAUGGAAGUGAUGCUGAUCAGGACGGUGUUUGUGCUGAGAGGAUGAAGUGUGUCCUGAUGAUCCAGAGGUUGAAGCUGUAGUAUCUGAUCUAUGUGUUACUUAAUAAGUUAGUAGAAUAGAAUGUGUUUUUCUGCUGAAGGAAGUCAAUGCUGUGUUCAGAAGGGAGUCCUUAUGUCCAGGAUGAUCUCUGGGUCUCUUUGGGCGCCACAAUGUCUAGGGGGUUGAUCAACUGGGGUCUUGUUCUUUGACCAGAUGUCUUCUAAACAGGAAACGUAUGUUGUGACCUCAUACUUGUCCAAAACAUAUAAAAGUGACGUCCGUUUGUUGUUCUGAGAGGAUCAUUUGGCUGAAUCCUCCCAGGCAGUCUCUCUGUCUGAUCGAUGCUGUUCUUCUUUCUAAUAAACUUUAUUAUUAAGCAA